AGCACAGCACACCGGCCUCAGCUUCCUCCUCCCCCCCCCACCCGCCCCCCUUCCCACCGGCUCGGUGAAAGAACAGCAACAGACCCCCGCACGCACGCACGGUACCCCGGGUGGAUGAGAGACAGUGCCGAGGGUCGGUCGGAAGCCACUAGACCUCUGGAAGGCGCUUUGCCCCCGCGGGACGGCAGCGGUACAAGUCACGGGCGAACAUGGCUCUGAAGAUUGUCAAAGGGAGCAUCGAUCGGAUGUUCGAUAAAAAUCUGCAGGAUUUAGUACGUGGCAUUCGGAAUCACAAGGAAGAUGAGGCCAAGUACAUCUCCACGUGCAUCGAUGAGAUCAAACAGGAGCUCAAGCAGGACAACAUCGCUGUCAAAGCCAACGCUGUGUGCAAGCUCACCUACCUCCAGAUGCUGGGCUAUGAUGUCAGCUGGGCCGCUUUCAACAUCGUUGAAGUCAUGAGCUCCUCUAAGUUCACAUACAAGAGGAUCGGCUACCUGGCGGCCUCCCAGUGCUUUCACGAGAGCACUGAUGUCAUCAUGCUGACAACCAAUCAGAUCCGAAAGGAUCUCAGCAGUCCCAACCAGUAUGACACGGGUGUUGCUCUCACCGGCCUCUCUUGUUUUGUGACCCCUGACCUGGCUCGGGACCUGGCCAAUGACAUCAUGACACUGAUGUCCCACACUAAACCCUACAUCAGAAAGAAAGCGGUGCUGAUCAUGUACAAGGUGUUCCUGAAGUACCCAGAGUCCCUGCGACCUGCUUUCCCCAGACUCAAGGAGAAACUGGAGGACCCAGACCCAGGUGUCCAGUCUGCAGCGGUUAACGUUAUCUGUGAGCUGGCUCGGAGAAAUCCCAAGAACUAUUUGUCUCUGGCACCACUCUUCUUCAAACUCAUGACUUCUUCCACUAACAACUGGGUUCUCAUUAAGAUCAUCAAGCUGUUUGGUGCACUCACACCUCUGGAGCCGCGCUUGGGAAAGAAGCUGAUCGAACCUCUGACCAACUUGAUCCACAGUACCUCUGCCAUGUCUCUGCUCUACGAAUGUGUCAACACUGUGAUUGCAGUGUUGAUUUCCUUGUCCUCUGGGAUGCCUAACCACAGUGCUAGUAUCCAGCUCUGUGUGCAGAAACUGCGAAUCCUGAUCGAGGACUCGGACCAGAACUUGAAGUACCUGGGCCUGCUGGCCAUGUCAAAGAUCCUGAAGACGCAUCCCAAGUCUGUGCAGUCUCACAAAGACCUCAUCCUGCAGUGUCUGGAUGACAAGGACGAGUCCAUCCGCCUGAGAGCUCUGGACCUGCUCUAUGGCAUGGUAUCCAAAAAGAACUUAAUGGAGAUUGUAAAGAAGCUGAUGCUGCACGUGGACAAAGCUGAAGGAACCACCUACAGAGAUGAGCUGCUCACCAAGAUCAUAGACAUCUGCAGCCAGAGCAACUACCAGUACAUCACCAACUUUGAAUGGUACAUUAGCAUCCUGGUGGAGCUGACCCGGUUAGAGGGCACACGGCAUGGCCACCUCAUUGCCUCCCAGAUGCUGGACGUGGCCAUUCGGGUCAAAGCCAUCCGGGUCUUUGCUGUUGCGCAGAUGGCCACUCUGCUGGACAACGCCCACCUGAUGACGGGCAACGUGCAGCGGAAGGGCAUCUGUGAGGUCUUGUAUGCGGCCGCCUGGAUCUGCGGGGAAUUCUCUGAACACUUGGAGAACCCGACACAGACGCUAGAGGCCAUGCUGCGGCCGAAGGUGGCCACCCUACCGGGCCAUAUCCAGGCGGUGUAUGUGCAGAACGCAGCCAAGCUGUUUGCCACCGUGCUUAAGAGCCAGGAGGGGAACACGGACAGCACAGCAGCACAGGAAACCAGCCAGCUGAUGAUAGAAAGGCUGCCGCUGUUUGUCCAGAGCGCCAACCUGGAGGUGCAGGAGAGGGCGUCUUGCAUCCUGCAGCUGGUCAAGUACAUCCAGAAACUGCAACAGAAGGACGUAGAGGUAGCGGAGGAAGUCAUCGCUCUGUUUGACGGAGAACUCAACCCUGUAGCCCCAAAAGCACAGAAAAAAGUGCCUGUUCCUGAAGGUCUGGACUUGGAUGCCUGGAUCAACGAGCCGCCGUCUGAGAGCGAGUCUGAGGACGAUCAGCCCAAGGCUAUUUUUGCCAAGGAGGAGACCAAACACUCCCGCACCCGUCACACAGAGGUGGACGAGAAAGAGCUGGCAAAGAGGAGAGAAGUCAGGAAGCAGGAGCAAGCCAACAACCCGUUCUACAUCAAGGCCUCCCCUUCCUCUCAGAAGGUCUACCAGGAGGCUCCAGGAGUGGAGCACAUCCCGGUCGUGCAGAUUGACCUCAGUGUGCCUCUCAAAGUGCCAGGUCUCCCCAUGUCUGACCAGUACGUGAAACUGGAGGAGGAGCGUCGGCAGAAGGAGAGGGUGGAGAAGAAAAAGAAGGACAAGAAGAAGAGGAAAGAAAAGGGCGGCGGACGACGGAAGAAACGCGAUUCGGGUCCAGAGAGUGAGGAGGACAUCACGCCCGCGCACAUGGUGGACAUCGUUACCGAGGAGAUGCCGGAGAAUGCCUUACCCAGUGAUGAUGAUGACAAAGAUCCCAAUGACCCUCACAAAGCCCUGGACAUCGACCUGGACAACUUGAUGGAGAUGGCCGCGCGCAGGCCGCUUGCCGACAGCGAGAAGCUGCCAGUCAGGUCACAUCGUGCGGCCGAGGCUCUCAAAAGCCCGGCGGAAGAUGGUGAAGCCGAGGCCGCCGCUUCGCUCGAGCCCAAGAAGAAGAGCAGCAAAGAAAAGCGAGAGAAGAAGAAGGAUAAAGAGAAGGAUAGGAAGAAGAGCAAAGACGACAAGAAGAAGAAGAAGCACAGACGGGUGGAAAAGGGGGAGGAUCUUCUCGGGGGUCAGGCAGACGGGCCUGUUGCCCAAUCAGAAGAAACCAGCGAGGCGGCUGCCCCGCCCGCCGCCAACACUGCUGAGGUUUCGGAUCUGGAUUUCUGGCUCUCAAACGCUCCAGUGCCCCCUAACACCCAGGAAGCAGCCACUUUAGCAGAAGCAGCCCCCGCGCACGAGACGGCCUCCGGCACGGCGCCGGACUCCGAGCCUGACGACGAGCCCAAAGACACCGAGCCGGAGGAGACUGAUAAGAAAUCCUCCAAACACAAGAAGAAGAAGCAGAAAAAAGAGAAGGAGGAUAAGGAGAAGAAAAAGAAGAAGAAGCAUCAUCACCAUCAUCACCACAGUGACGGAGGCGGGGAGGAGUCGGUGCAGAACGGCACCAUGGAGGAGGAAGAGCCUCUGCCGCCCAUGUCCAAUUACUGCCUGCUGGCUGAGAGCUCCUACAUCAAGAUGAUGAUCGAGGAUACCAAUCAGGAAAAUGACAUCCAGGGCAACCUGCAGGAUGGCAGUCAGGUGGUGGUGUCUGUUAUAUUUGAAAACAAGUGUGACAGCUUCCUUAAAUCCAUGGAGUUCAACGUCCUGGACUCUCUCAACUCCAAGCUGCAGAGGCCAGAGGGGUCGGGUCCACAUGACGGCCUCACCGUCCCCUUCCAACUUCCACCUGGGGUGUCCAAUGAGGCGCGAUUUGUCUUCACCGUGCAGAGCAUCGUAAUGCCCCAGAAACUGAAGGGAACCCUCACCUUCAUAGUGAAGAAUGAGGACUCCUCCACACACGAGAAACUGGACUUCAAACUGCACUUUACCUGCUCGUCCUACCUAAUCACUACUCCUUGCUACAGUGAUGCGUUUGCAAAGCUGCUUGAGUCGGGGGACCUGAAGUGCAGCUCUGUCAGACUGGAGGGAGUCAGCCAGCCGUUCCACCACCUACUGGCCAGGAUCUGCUUCCACCACCAUUUUUCUGUUGUGGAGAGGGUCGACUCUUGUGCCUCCAUGUACAGCCGGUCCAUCCAGGGUCACCACGUCUGUCUGCUGGUCAAAACUUCUGGUCAGACGGUGUCCAUCGACGCUAAAUGUGACGAGCCGACGCUGCUUGGGAAUGUGCUGGAUGAGAUCAAGCAGACCUUCUCUCAGUGCUGAUUGUGUCCCGACAGCCCCGGGGCGCCCCUGACCCCCCUCCACGCCGCCCUCGCUGAAACACCACAUAACCAUGUUAAGAAAACACUGCGUCUGGCACCUCCAGUAUGGCCCUAUUUAUUAGUCCUCCGAUUCGCAAGAUUUCUAUCCCCUGAACUUCCUCUUCACUUGAUCCGGCUGCACUCUGAGCUCUGUCGUCACUCCCCGACACGCAAUGUUGUUUUACAGACUCGCUGUGUACAUGUACGCCGUCUUCUCCGCAAAGCCCUCUCACCUUCACUGCUGUUAAUUUCAGUCUCCGACAGCCCCCCAACCCCCUUCCCCCCGUCACCCCCUUCUUCCAACCGACUCUGACUCUGUAAUGCUCUCCUGUUUCUGGAUCCCCCGCAUCCUUGUUGGCAACUCGGUCUGUGACAUUCAUGUGAUGUUAAACAACUGGACUUUUUUUUUUGUUGAUGGUUGAAUUGUGAUUUUGUUUUCGAAGGUUUUUGUUUUUGUUGUCUUCUUUUUGUGUGUGUCUGAAACCUGUCUGCGCCUUUGUCUCGCCCCCUUCUUUCUUCCCACUAAACAUCAGUGUAAACUCGUUCAGCUGUGUGUGUGUGUGUGUGUGCGUACUCUGCUUGGCUUUGUAGGCCUGGAAAAAACGUGUGACAGAUUCUCUUAGACUGGUCCUAGCUGGAAAGAAAUGGGGACUCUCUCCUGCUCCCAGUUAGCAUCUGCAGUGCUAUCGGGGCGGAGCUAAAACCCACAGCUACAUACGCGGUACGGGAUAAGAACUUCUGCCGGAGCCGUUGCCCCACCCGCCUUUUUGGCUCACAGCAGAUCUGCUACUGUUGAGUUCGGUGAUCUGCACAGUAGAUCACCGGUUUUGCUCUGUGAUUUAGCUGUGCAGCCCCCCCAGUAUAUCCACUCCAUGAUCAAGCAGCAGUUUGCCCCCCCCUCCCCAUUACCCGCCACAGACCUCGUAUCGUAUCAUUCCAUUUAAAAAGAAUUGAAUAAAACUCCACGGUAGAAUGUUAAUGUGAGAUUUCAUCACAAGACGGUUGGCACCAUUACAGGGCGCCUCUUUGACUCACCGUUGGGUUGUUUAAUUGUAUUGAAGAUAUAUUACUGAAGCCGAAGGAUCCGGUUAUUUCUAUGAAACUGCUGUGGUGCUGAGGGUCCUCAUUUGUGUCACAGAAUGGACAAGUAGGUGACACCAUAGUCUUGCACGCAGAGAGCGGCCCGUGUUACAUCGCUGUCGUGCCGCUCUGCUCUGGAAAAGUCGAAUAUGUCUGGCGACGGGAAGAUGAAGUUACACAAUCAACGUAUUUCUUAAAUAUUUCAGUUUGCAGGUUGGGCUCGCUGUUGGCCGAGAGCAUCACCUUGUCAGUGGUUUUUAGGCUCCCUUUCAAUCAGUAUUAGGCAACGUAGUGUCCAGUGUAAGGAAGCGUCCACGUUUUGUCUGUUUUCACGCGCAAUCAUGUGCGACAUUUACGCCUGUGCCACUUUGAAGUUCGCAUCGAAGUAGCAGCACCCGGGUUGGCCGACGCCCACCUGGCGUUCACCUGGAUGAACCCCAACGCUUCUUUUCCCUUCAGAAACUGCCUUGCCACUCGUGUUGUACGUUGACUUGUUACAAUGAACAACCGAAAGAAAUGGCCUCUUGUUAAACUCAGAGGUACUUGAGUCUUUUAAUUUGUGUUAUUCAUGUCGGAGGUCACCACCCGGUCCAGCACGACUUAACCUUGUAGUAGAAAGACAAAAACUGACUGUAGUGUCUCUGAUCAUAUAUACUGGCAAGGCCCUCUUCAUAUCUGUCUGCUAUUGUAGAUAACUCCUAUGAUAAUGAUGUCGGAGACCGGCGGAUCAGGUCAGCUGCUCCACAAGAUAUUCUGUCCUGUAAUAGUCUGACUACAGAGGUGAUCAGCUGUAUUAAAGGAAUGUCAAUGGUGAACGAUUAGCUAUCUAUUCCCUGUCCUUGAAAAUGACUGAUAAAAAAAGAGAACCAACUGCCCUAAUCAUACAUUGUCCUGAUUCUGAUCAUUUUUCUUGUGCAUAAUUGAUUAAAAUGUGUAUAUUGCAUGAUUACGAAUGUACACUUUUAUUUACUUUUUUUCUUUCAUUGACAUGCUUACACAAAGAAAAACAUUCCAUUGUCCUUUUCUUCACUUUUUUCCUUUCUUUUUAUGAGGAUUACUUAUCUAUUUUUGGUUAGAAAUUCCAUUCAGACGAUUAAAACAAUUGAUAACGUCGACGGUUUUAAAUGAUUAAACACAGAGGAAGGAAGGGGGCUAGUGAUACUGAGGGAAUGGGGCUCUGACUAUUAAAUGGAGUAGAACAGAUCACCUAAAGCAGUGUACUGCGAGGCAACCUUUGCUGUCUUCAUGAUCUUCUUGAUUGAGUUGUGAGUUAUUUUAUCCAGGUUUGGCUUGUGACAUUGAAGUAUACUCUCAUAUGACAUUGGAAGGUCCUGUCUGUUUAUGUCUCCAUAUCUCAUCAUGAAGCUGUACAAUAUAAAAUGUUUUAAAGGGGACAACGUAAAUUAUCGACAUUCCCUUUAAGGAAAGUCAACCCAAAUUCGAAAAUAAAGGCUGUAAAAAGCUG